UGUAAUUUCAAAAUAUUCCGCCCGAAGCAUAUAAUAGAUUUAAUUUGACUCUCUCCUGUGCGCUAUCGCCGUCAUGCCAGCCACAGCUUCAGACGUCUGCCUCGUCAUCCUGGCGAUUUUCAUCCCCCCACUCGCAGUCUUGUUGAAGCGGGGAUGUGGACCCGAUCUCUGCAUCAAUAUCGUACUGACUUUGCUCGGUGACAUCCCGGGCAUAAUUCAUGCAUUGUUCAUUGUUUUGACUUCGCGCGAUAGACGGGACUGGAAUCAGAACCAGUACUACCAUCAGAGUCGAUACUAUUAGUCAGGGUUUUACAUAAUAUUGUCUUUGCG